UUUUUUUGUCAAUUUUUUUUAACUAAACAAAGUAUUAUAUUUAUUAUCAUAUUAUAAAAAGAUUAAUACAAAUCUCUACUAUGAAAUUUAAUAAAAUGUACAAAUAUGUUCGUUUAUUUUCAACUGAACAAAUUGUACCAAGAGUGUGUAUUGUUGGUGCAGGACCAGCAGGAUUUUAUAGCGCACAACAAUUAUUAAAAACAAUUAAUAAUGUAAGAGUGGAUUUAUUAGAAAAAUUACCAGUACCGUAUGGUUUAGUACGUUUUGGUGUAGCUCCAGAUCAUCCAGAAGUGAAAAACGUUAUUCAUACAUUUGAAAAAAUUGCAUCUAAUCCACGUUUUCGGUUUAUAGGGAAUGUUAAUAUAGGAAAAGAUAUUACCGUAAAGGAAUUGCAAGAAAUUUAUCAUGUAGUUUUAUUAGCAUAUGGUGCAGAAGAAGAUAAAACAUUAAAUAUACCUGGAGAAAAUUUAAAUAAUAUGAUAUCAGGAAGACAAUUUGUCGGUUGGUAUAAUGGAUUACCUGCAGAUAGUAAUUUGAAUAUUAAUUUAGAUGUAGAAGAAGCUGUUAUAUUAGGACAAGGUAAUGUUGCUAUAGAUAUUGCAAGAAUUUUAUUAACACCAGUUGAUAAGUUAAAGAAUACUGAUAUAACAUCACAUUCUUUAGAAAAAUUGUCAAAGAGUAAAGUACGUAAAGUAUCAUUAAUAGGAAGAAGGGGGCCACUACAAGCAGCAUUUACAAUUGCUGAAUUACGAGAAAUAUUAAAAUUAAAUAAUUGUGAAACUUAUUGGCGUAAAGAUGAUUUUAUAAAUGUAAAAGAAGUAGUUAAUACUUUAACAAGACCACGAAAAAGAUUAACUGAACUUAUGCUAAAAUAUUUAGAAAAAAUACCUUCAAUACAAGAUACAAGAACAAAAGAAUUAUAUCUAUUAUUUUUAAGAAGUCCUGUGAAAUUUUUAGGUUCUAACAACAUAAGUGGUGUUAAAUUAUCAAUAAAUAAACUUGAAGGUAAUGAUAUAUCUACACAAGUUGCUAUACCUACUGGAUUAUUUGAAGAAAUUGAAUGUGGUCUAGCAUUUCGCAGUAUUGGUUAUAAAUCUGUUCCAAUAGAUAUAUCAAUACCAUUUGAUAAAAAGAUUGGUCGCAUUAAAAAUACAGCUGGAAAAGUCCAAGAAAAUCUUUAUGCUGCAGGUUGGGUUGCAACAGGUCCAGUAGGAGUUAUAUUAUCAACAAUGACAAAUGCAUUUCAAGUUGGUACAUUAAUAAAUAAAGAAUUAUCAAUUACAGAAAAUAAGCCAGGUUUUGCAGGUUUGUCGAAAAUACUUGAUCAUAAAGGAAUACCUACAGUAUCAUAUAAUGAUUGGAAAAAAAUUGAUAAAAUUGAACGUGAAAAAGGAAAAAUAUUAGGAAAACCAAGAGAAAAAAUAAUUGAUAUUAAUGAAAUGUUAAAAAUUGCUUUAAAAUGAUAUAAGUAUAAAAAAAAAAUAAUAAAUAAAUAAUAAACUUUUUUCAUU